AUGCUCGCUUUUCUCUUUAUUGUCCCAAUUGUGCUGGCUAUACCGUGCAAUGUCAUAAUAGUGGAUGAGUAUGGUCUCUCGCUCAAUCUGAACCGAUCCGUCGCGAUUGACCAAUGUCUGGAGCGUUUUGCGCCCAAAGACUAUCUCCUGGCAUUGCCGCAGAGCACAGAAAAUGAGAAAGUGCUGAAGGACACUUUGGAAACCGUUGCGGAAGCAGACACCGAUCUCGUUGCCAAGUUCUUCGCUAUCAUCCACUACUACGGCUUCGACACCUCCAUUGCGGCACUCAGCAAUCCCUCGAAACUAAAUGUUCUAUACUCAAAAAUGAUGGAGGCGUAUGGACGGGACGGCACGCUGGACGACAUUGCGGAGUGCGCGGAGUUCAAACCUGCACAAAAUCACAGUUUUUCGCUAAAUGUCAUCUCCGUAUAUAAUACAAUGGACAUGAUGUCAUAA